CUCAAUUCUAUCGUCUCAUCAUCGAUUAUUGCGUCUUCCCCUUUGAGAGCUUUGAAACCCUAGUUACUUCCAUCAAUUGUUGAUUUACUCUUAUCCGAUCAUAAAACUGAUUUUAUUCGGAGAAUUUCUAAUUGAAACUGCCUGCUCUACAAUUGUUGAUUUCGCGUGCUAUUCUCUGCAAUUAAUCGGUCGAUUCCGGCGAAAUAUUCGAUAUUUGAAGUUAGGGUUCCUUCGGACAUUCGUCGAGAGAUUUGCGGUAGAGAUUCCAUCCGGUCGAGGAGGCGUUGCUCUGGCGAAUAGAUUCGAGUCGAGUAUUAGUGGUGUACUUCUCCGAUCUGCGUAAUUUCUGGUUGUUUGGUUGAAUUUGAUCGGAAUCCAGAUAUUCGUUUGUCUCUGUGGAAGUUGGAAGAAUUUCUCUGAAUUUGAAUGUUCUUCGAGCCCUUGGAGGAUUAGAAGACAAUUAGUGGCUUUGAUUAUUUUUUGUUAGGAAAAAAAAUUAAAAAAAAAAAAAGAAAGAAAGAAAUAAUUUCUUGACUUUCUAUUGUACUGUUAUUGAUUUCCUCUCGAAUUGUUUUAAUCGAAGAUCACUAUUCCAGGCCUUUCAUUUUGUAUUACUAUUUGAAAGAUAUGUAUAUGGCUGUUUAUUAUAUAUUUGAAAGUUCAAAUGAUUAUGAAUCAGUUGCCCUCGACAGCCACUCGAUACAGGUGGGACACUUGAAAGAAAGAAUAAUCGAGUUAAAGAAUUUGGGCAACGGUACUGAUUUUGACCUCGUCGUAACCAACGUCCAGACUGGUGAAGAGUACCUUGAUGAAGGAAUAUUAAUUCCCAACAAUACUUCAGUUUUAAUACGCCGAGUUCCUAGACGUCCUCGCAGGCCCAUAGUUACUGCACCCGUCAUUGAACUUGAAGAUCAACCUUCUGAUGCUCUUGGCUCUGGUAUAGAUUUCAGAUGGGGUAUGGUUGGACGUGGUUUUGGUCGAGGUGGAUUUGACAGGGAAACUCCACCACGAGGGUACAUAUGUCACAGGUGCAAGGUGCCUGGGCAUGUUAUUCGGCACUGCCCAACAAAUGGUGAUCCCAAUUUUGACAUAAGAAGAGUCAGAUCUCCAAGUGGAGCUGUUGCACUUUUGAAUCCCAAUGAGGAAUUGUCUGUGCCAAGGAGAAUGACGGACAACAUGCUUUUCACUCGCUUUUCGGCUUUCAGAAUUGAUUGAAUAAAGGAAUGAAGACGGAGAUUAUUACCUAGUUAUUAGGGCCAAGAGGCAAUGGUUUUGAGAGGAGUAGCCUUUUAUUGCGAUAAAACGGAUAGGAUUGAAGGCGAUUCCGAUUAUUAAGAUUGGAAAAACGGUAUUUUAGCUACAUGUUCAAGAAUCGUUUUCUUUUUUAGUUUGUUCACUUUUUUUCCGUUUUGCUUAAUGUUGAAUUCUUAUGUUUUCAAUCACAUACACAUUUUGGUGUUUAAACUCUGAUGAGCUUAAUUAGUCUAGUAAUAACAUACUCACUUGC